AUGUCGACAUCUCAACCCCACAUUUACGAAAAUGAAGUAUAUGCGAACGGGCUGAAGAAUAUAAAACCGCCCAUCAGCUUUAACCCCCUUGAAUGGGAAGCAGCAGCCAAAGAAGUCCUGCCAGCCGAAAGCUUCGGCUAUGUAUGGGGCUCAGCCGGUAUCCGCGAGACAGACGACAACAACCGAGCAGCAUUUCGCAAAUGGUCCAUCGUCCCAAGUCGAUUAGUGAAAGCGGACUUCCCUGAUCUUAAAACAAGCCUAUUUGGUCAAGAGUACGAAUACCCCAUCGCCGUCGCACCAGUGGGUGUACAGCACAUCUUCCACCGCGACGCGGAAAUUGCAGCUGCCACAGCGGCUUCCAAGGAGAAGAUUCCAUAUAUCCUCAGCUCGGCUUCAUCGACUAGCAUUGAAGAUGUUGCGACUGCUAAUUCCACGGGCGCACGGUGGUUCCAGCUUUACUGGCCGUCGAAUGAAAAUAAUGAUAUAACCAUUAGUCUUUUGAAAAGAGCCAAGGAGACAGGUUACAGCGUGCUUGUGGUGACACUCGACACAUACAUCCUUGGCUGGCGUCCGUCAGACCUCACGAACGCAUUCAACCCUUUCCUGCGUCCGGAUAAUAUUGGUGUUGAGCUGGGAUUCUCUGAUCCAGUUUUUCGGCGCCAAUUUCGGGAACGGCAUGGGAAAGAUGUCGAGGAUGAUAGAGGUACCGCUGCGGCGGAGUGGGCGCACAUAAUCUUCCCAGGUACCAGUCAUUCGUGGGAAGAUUUGAAGUUUCUCCAAGACCAUUGGGAUGGACCGAUUGUUUUGAAGGGGAUCCAGAGUGUUCGGGAUGCGGAACAGGCUGUGGAAGCCGGCGUGCAGGGUAUUGUGGUUUCCAAUCAUGGAGGCCGUCAACAGGAUGGAGGAGUCGGGUCUCUUGACGUUCUUCCUGAAAUUGUCGAUGCUGUUGGGGAUCGAUUGGAAGUCAUAUUUGAUUCUGGGGUGAGGACUGGGGCUGACAUUGCUAGAGCGUUAGCAAUUGGAGCGAAGAUGGUUCUUAUUGGUCGGCCGUAUGUUUAUGGACUUGCUAUUGCUGGUGAAGCGGGGGUGUCUCAUGUUCUGCGUAGUCUUUGUGGUGACUUGGAGCUGACGCUUCAUCUUGCUGGUAUUCCGUCUUCCUCUUCAAAGCAUUUGAAUAGGAGUGUCCUGCGCAGGAAUGACUAA